UGGCAGUAAUGCUCCAGCUGGAUGAAACUUCAGGUUGAGAAGAAGAGGAAGAAGAAAGACUUUUUGGGAGGAUCCGUGUUUACUGAUUUGAAAUGAAAGGACGAAUUGUUUAUUUACAUCUGUAGGUUAUAACUGCUAGCUCAGCGACCGAGUCUCUGAAAGCCUCCCAGACCCUCGUCCAUUAGCCGAUGGAGAAGCUCUAAUCUCGGCAGCGGAGGUCUGAAGGCGCCGCGGCCGGACCGGUCCCCUGGCUCGACAUGGCGGAGCCACGCUCCCUGACGAGCUCGGCUCUUCCGCCGCCAAGGACCCGCAUCUUUAAAAUCAUCGUUAUUGGAGACUCUGGAGUCGGGAAGACCUGCCUCACUUACCGGUUCUGUGCCGGUAAAUUCCCCGAGAAGACCGAGGCUACAAUCGGGGUGGACUUCAGGGAGAGGCUGGUCGAGAUCGAUGGAGAGAAAAUCAAGAUCCAGUUGUGGGACACGGCUGGCCAGGAGCGCUUUAGGAAGUCCAUGGUGCAGCACUACUACCGCAACGUGCAUGCAGUUGUUUUUGUCUACGACGUGACCAAUGCUGCCAGCUUCCGCAGCCUUCCCACUUGGAUCGAGGAGUGCAAGCAGCAUGCUCUGGGCUCUGAGGUACCCAGGAUCCUUGUUGGAAACAAGUGUGAUCUUCAGGACUGUAUUCAGGUGGACACAGAUUUGGCGCAGCAGUUUGCGGACAGCCAAGCUAUGCCGCUCUUUGAGACAUCUGCAAAGAACCCCAACAGCCAUGGUGAUGGAAACUACCAUAACAGUGACCAUGUUGAAGCUAUCCUUAUGACUGUGGCCCACAAGCUGAAAUCACAGAAGCCCCUAGUACUCAGCCAGCUUCCCGAGGAGUCGAGGGGUACUGUCACCCUGAGCAAAGACAGGAAAGAUGGACAGGAUGAAGACAGGAGCUGGAGCUGCAGCAGCUGCUGAGACAAAACUGGAAUGUGAGGAGGGAACCGACUCCCAUACCAUAAGAUUUAUGGGAGAGGGAAGAGGGCAAAAGGCUGGACCCAGGAACAUGUUCACAAAACAGAUGGCUGAUGUCAAAAUGAAGAGGACAGAUGUCUCCACUGCUUGCGCUUACCAUUAUUUAAUGAUUGUACGCUUAGAGGUUUGAGUCAUGUGUUGUUACCAUCUGACUGUUGCUUGGCUUGACUUGGCUUAGAGUUCCAAACAUGUAAUAAAAACAAUUAUAUCCAAACUGA